AUGCCGGGACCGUCAAGGAAAGAGCGCCACUCGUCGUCCUCGGACCUCGAGGCGGAAUCUCUUAUCUUGCAUCGACUAUCCACCGACGCUUCUGGCACGUCUCGCAUUCAGUCCGUCUCUGGCGCCUCCGAUCCCACCCCACGCGUCACCGACGCGUACGACGACCUCGAUGCAGACUACGACGUCAAAUCGCCCCGUAUGGAGAAGCUUCCCGCCCGAGGUGUGCUGGAAGAUUCCAACAAUUCAACACGCAUCGACAAGACCGGCAGACCAGCUUGGUUCCGUGGCAUACUGGAAGGCGAUGUGCCAGGCAUGACGGGCGGUCGAGGUGCAGGUAUGUCUGCCAGCAUGGCCCAACGCAAUCGAAAGCAGAGGGCGAGGUGCAUGCGCCUCAGCAUGAUCGUCGGAGGUGGGCUGCUCGUGAUCGGUGCGUUUGUGUUUGCAUUGGGUCCAAAGGUAGGUGUGGAUCCGAACAAGUUUUACGAUUACAUGGGAGACAAGUGGUACGGUGAUAGCGGUGUGAUCCCUUUCGAGUUCAAUAAACCGGUCGGCUUUCCAGGCUUCUAUACGACGGGAGUUCCUCCAGACUUUGCAGAGCACAUGACGAGGACAGCCGCAGCACCGACGCAGACGAUCGGCUCAUCCCCGAUGCAAACGACCAUACCUGGAUUUCAGGAUGCAAACUUCAAACCUUUCGAACACAUGGGACCGCUCACACCCUACCUCUCAUCCUCCGGCUGGGGCGUAGACGAUUCCAAAUACUCCGGCACCCCAACCUCAUCCUCUGGCACAUCAUGCCGCCUCACCCAAGCGCACAUGCUGCAUCGUCACGGCGCUCGCUAUCCCACCGCGGGAGGACCGCCAGACGUCCUUCGCGAUUUCCUCCGCCAAAACCCUGCGCUCCGCUACUCUGGCAGCCUCGCUUUCCUCAACAACUACAAGUUCGGGGUAGGGGAAGAGCUCCUCACCCCUGUCGGACGAGGUCAACUCUACGACUCCGGCGUCAAAGCGGCCCUCCUCUACGGCAAACUCGUGUCCGACGAUCUCGCCGAACUCGACGCCCACAACAAACCUAAAACCCUCUUCGCCCGCGCCGGCAGUCAGCAGCGCAUCGUCGACUCCGGACUCGCGUGGCUCAACGGCUUCUUCGGCUCCAACUGGACCUCCACCACCUCGUUUGAGAUUCAGAUCGAACACCCGGGUUACAACACCACUACGGCACCUGAGUUCGCGUGUCCUGCAUGGUCACAUUCGGGAAACUCGCCCGGUGGAGCGAUGGCGGACAGGUGGGCGGAGACGUACCUGCAAGACGCCAUGCUUCGAUUUGGCAAGGACUUUGGAGGCGCGAAGCUGACCUCGACGCUGUUGUUCGCGAUGCAACAGAUGUGUUCCUACGACACGGUCGCUUUCGGAUACAGCGAUUUCUGCGGACUGUUCACGAGGCAGGAGUGGCUUGAUUACGAGUACGCUUGGGAUCUGAAGUUUAUGAACACCAACGGUGCCACCUCGCCGCUGGGAAAAGCGUACGGCUUGGGCUGGGUCAACGAGUUGGUCUCGAGGUUGACCAAAACACCCUGGAACCAGGAUACGCAGACGAGCGAAAACUCGACGCUGAACCUCGACUCAACCACUUUCCCACUCGAUCGAAGAUUCUACGUCGACUUCACGCACGAUUCCACCAUCACCUCGGUGUUGGCAGCCUUGGAGCUGCCCAACUUCGAGGAGGCGUUGAAGGUUCCAGAAGGUGGGAAAGGCGUGGACGAGAAGAGGAACUUCAAGACGAGCAAAGUGGUUCCGUUUGCAGCGAGGUUGGUUGUAGAGGUGUGGAAGUGCGAUACGAAGGAGGAGGAGGAGUUGGUGAGGUUCAAGUUGAACGAUGCGGUGAUUCCGUUGAGUCAGUACAAGGAAUGUGAGGAGAGGAAGGAUGGACUGUGUAGGAAGGGGAACUUGUUGAAGGCGUUGGCGGGGAGGAACGGAAAGGGUUGGUGGGAUAAAUGCAAGGUAUAA